AAGAGGCUAUCUUCUUCAGGAUGUUGUUAGAAGAAAAUAAAUGAGAAGUAGAAAUGGAUUUGCUGUAUGGAGAAAUGCAAAAAUGAAUUUGAGGAGUCCUACUAGAUUUUGUUUUACCUAGAAAAGUAGUAUUGGCAUUUUGUAUUUUUAUGUCAUGUGCAAAGAAAGAUACAUGACAGAUUCAAACAGUCAAAGGGAAGCAGAGAUGUGUAUUUUCAUCUCAAGGUUGAUUUGUAAUGUCAGUCCUAGCUGGAACACCUGCUUUCACAUGCCCUCAUCAGCUGCUGUAAGGAUAAGAGCACACUCACUUGACACUCUUCUUUGUGUGAAUUCUACUAGGUAUGUUCUGCUCAGCUGCUAUAAGAGUAAGGGCACGCUCACUUGACACUCUUCUUUGUGUGAAUUCUACUAGGAAGAAAUUUCGAAGGAAACACUGGAAACUUGAAUAUGAUUAUCGCAUAUCCAUUUACAUUCAACGCACAUGUCAUACGGACUGGAGCAGCCCGAGAGGGGAGAGAAGGAGAUUCUAAUGAUACAGUGACUAUCACUAUAACUGCAAUUUCAUACAAGUUUGAGGUUGUCCUACCGGCUGUUGCAAGAAACCUUGGCAAUUUGUCAGUUGUUGUUCUUCCUAAUGGGAAUGUCAAGGUAGAAGGGAUUGUAAGAGCUGGGGAAAGAACAAGCAGUGCGGCGCCAACUGUAUGCAACAGAAGAACUCGACGGAUAUUUCCUCUAGGUCACUUCACCAUCAAUUUCACCUUGCCAGGACCUGCUGAUCCCACAAUUGUAAGGGCCAAGUUAGACUCAAAUGGUGUUUUGAAAGGAACUGCGUUUAAACGUUGGAUUGGUAGGUCUGGUUAAAUUGAUGAGCUGCCCAAGUCGUCUGAUUAAUUGGACAUGGUUAGCUUGUAAUCUUAAUUAAAACCAUCUUCCUACUCUGGAGAAUCUUUAGUAUUAUGACACUGAAAUUCUGUCUGUAUUUUCCUUUCUUACAUCAAUAUCUUUCACAGCAGAGACUACCUGAUAUUGCAACAUUAUUCAGCCAGUUUCUGUCGCAUUUUAUAUGGUGUAAACUUUUUUUGUUAUGU